AUGGUUAACCUCGACGUGAUCCACGCCUCCAACACCACCCUGGUCAAGAGCCAACCCCUGGUAGCCGUCUUCUUCGGCGGCACCUCGGGGAUCGGCCACUACACCCUGCGCGCCCUGGCCACCGCCGAAUCGCAGCACCGAGGCAAAGGCCUGCGCGCCUAUCUCGUGGGCCGCAAGGCCCCCGCCGCCGAGACCAUCAUCGCCGAAUGUCGCACCCUGUACCCGGAGGGCGAGUACAUCUUCGUCCAGGCGCACGACCUCUCGCUGCUCCGGGACGUCGAUCGCGUCUGCGCCGAGAUCCUGUCCCUGGAGCAAGAGCGAGAGCGAGAGCGCGAGCAAGGGCAACCAAGCGCCGCCCCGAAUCCACGAAUCGACUACCUGAUGCUAUCCCACGGCGGAGCGCCGUUCCAACCCAGAAAAGAUACCGCCGAAGGCCUGGACACGACAAUGUCCCUCCUCUACUACUCGCGCAUGCGAGCCGUCACCAACCUCCUCCCUUUACUCCUCCAAUCCCCGCUGCCCGUGACAAUCGUCUCCGUCUACGCCGCGGGCUUUGAAGGCAAACUCUACACCGACGAUCUCUCGCUCCGCAAUUCCAAGCUCUACAGCUACACGCAGGCGCGCUCGCAUAUGAUUUACAUGCACACGUGGUUCAUGGAGCAGCUGGCCGAGAGGCACCGCGGCCGGUUGCGACUCGUGCAUAUCUUCCCGGGCUUGGUGCUGGGGCCCGCGUUCGCGAACCCGGAGCUGCCGGCCUGGUUCCGGGGGUUCUGGCGCUGGGUGUUCGUGCCGCUUCUGGGGCGCUGGGUGUCCGUGCCGGCGAAGGAGUGCGGAACCCGGAUGCUGAGCCUGGCGUCGCCGCGUUAUCCGCCGCGAGGAGGAGGGGCGGGCGGUGCAUCGGCUUCGGAGGGGGGUCAUCUCCAGAAUAAUGGAGAUGUGAUGAUGGGAACGGAUGGUCACCUGGGGAGUGGGGUCUACUCGCUUGGCUGGAAAGGUGAGUCGAAUAUCCAACUCAAGGCCUACGAGAAGUUCGAUCUGGCGGAGAUGAGGGCCAAGAUCUGGGAGCAUACGAUCAAGGCUUUCGAGACGAUCGAGAGGGGAGAUGUUUUCAAGGGUUGA